UCAAGAACUCCAAGUCAUCACUCUUUUUUAUUUAUAUUUAUUUUACCUGAAAAAAUAUUUAUUUAUUGAAGGCCUAAACAUAUUCUGCUUUCUUUCACAGCUCUCACACGACAUUAACUCUUUCCCAAGAAAAGAAACAACCUCUUAUUUUUUUUCGGACCCUUUUGCUAAUCUUAAUCGCGAGACGUUUUCCUCUUCUUGAGCUUCAAUUUCUCUGAGUUAUUUGGUAUAUUCAAGGUUAUUUGGAGUUCAUAAAUUGAUUGGUGAUCGUGUUUUUCUCCUCUAGCCAUGGCUGCUAGGAUUCUUGCUAACUUGAUUGUCAUGGGCUCUGGAAUAAUGAUAAGAGCUUUUGCUCAAGCAUAUCGUCAGGCACUUGCAAACGCCUCAAAGACUGGUGCUGCACAAGAAGCUGUGGAAACUAUCAAACGAGGUAGUAAAAUGAUGACUGAGGCGGAGGCUAGGCAAAUACUUGGUGUCACUGAGAAUACACCAUGGGAAGAGAUUGUGAAGAGGUAUGACAAACUGUUUGAGAGGAAUACUCAAAGUGGCAGUUUCUAUCUCCAAUCGAAGGUGGUUAGAGCGAAAGAAUGUCUGGAAAGUGUUGAGAAACCGAAACAGCAGAACCCGAGUUGAACACUUUUUCGUGGUUCGUUAGGAAUUGCUCUUUGCUAUGUCCCUAAAUAUGGCUAGUCGUCUCGUCUCACUCUCGGUCUCGUUGUUUGUUUUCGUCUUUUUGGCCUUUGAGGUGUGGAAUAUGGGUUUGUGGGUACAAAUAUUUCAUGUGGCUGAUUGUCAUGUAUUAGUUGAAGAUCAGUAUGUGUGCUGCUUGUAACGCAACUCGUAUCCUAGCUAUAUACAUAUGAGGUUAAGGAAUAACCCUAUCAUAUAUAGAAGGUUGCACAACUUUUAACUA